UAUGAAAAAAUUAUAAAAAAAAUUACGAAAACGGAAAAAUUUUGAGUGUAACAGAACAUGGACGAGCAAGAAGACGAGGAUGCAAUACCUUCAGAUCCGGCAGCGGUGGCAGCUUCCUCGAUGGGGCAGGAGGAGGAUGAGGGAGGCGGGGAAGGCGCGGGGGAGGAGCAGGGCGAGCAGGCCGAGGAGCGGCAUGUAGAGGAGGAGCAUGUAGAGGAGGAGCAUGUUGAGGAGGGGGAUGUAGAAGGAGAGCAUGUUGAGGAGGAGCAUGUAGAGGAGGAGCGUGUCGAGGACCUACCACCACCAUCAGCCGAGGAUGUCCAGGACGAUGGAUCGGAGCAGCCGGCGCCAGUGGAGGAGGCGGUGGAGGAGGAGUCGUACGAGUACACGGAGGAGGAGGUCCGCGAGAUGCGCCAGGCGUUCAAGAAGUACGACGAGUUCAGCACGGACUCCAUCCCCGUGUCGAAGCUCGGCCCCGUCCUCCGCGCGCUCACGCUCAACCCCACGGAGCGCCAGCUGGUGGAGGCCAUGCGGUGGCUGGACGCGGACCCGGCCCACGGCGUGGUCCGCUUCAGGGAGUUCCUCAUCAUCAUGGGGCGCUGCCUCAAGGACCCAAUCACGGUCGAGCACGUCCUCGACGGGUUCCGGCGCCUGGACGAACCCAAGGAAGGGUUUGUGAGCAAGCAGCGGUUGCGGGAGGUUCUGACCAACACCGGGGAAAAGUUCUCGCCGUACGAGUUUGCAGUCUUCAUCAAGUACGCCGACUCCAGGCGCAAGGGCAAGGUCAAGUACGAGGACUUCGUGAGGAAGAUGAACAGCGGCAAGAUCGUGGUGAAGAAGAAGAAGCGGCGCCGGCGGAAGAAGGGGAAAAAGAAAAAGAAGAAAAGUAAAAAGAGGGAGGCUGGGGACUCGUCUUCGUCCUCAGAAGACGCGUGGACGUUAUCAAGCGAACUGACGCUGGGUUGAAGGGUUUUAACGCGAUUAAAACAAUGGAUCCGAUAG